GCCUCUGAUUGGCCCACCGCUGAGGGUCUUCCACCGGUUGCCUCAAUUGAACGCAGUCAUGUUUAAAGAUCAUGCGAGGGCUCCGUCUAAAGCCCGUUUUCCUUCCUUCAAAAUCCCUCGCGCGAUAUAAUAUUCACAUUUAUGUUCACACUUUGUGCGCAAGUCAUCAGCGGGUUUAAAUGUUAAUUUUCCGAAGUCCAAGUGCUUCUUCCAAGCACAAAUUUGGCUCCAACUGGGCGACAAGUUGAGGCCACGAGUGGUCGGUCACCAUGACGCGGAUAUUAUGGGAUGUGAUUUUCCUCAUUAGCGGUGCGCUGGUGACAAUCGGAGCCGUCGACGCCACCGCCGCUCUCAACACCUCGGGGAGCCGCCACGCAGCUGCCUCCGCGACUGGAAGUUCCAACUUUUCAUUCGGAACGGAGGCGAGUCGUUCAGACUCCGCCGUCUCCGUUUCUGCCGGGCCUACGUCGAUUGCGUACGCCUCAACCAGCAGCUCGCUGACGACUACCGCUACAAUCUCAAACAUCCUUCCGGCGAAAAAGUUUGUGGCGGCGGCUGUUCGCUCUCAUUUCGAUGACUGUCCCGACUCGCACCGCCACUUCUGUUUCCAUGGAACGUGCCGCUUCCUGAUAUUGGAGGAGACGCCUGCGUGCAUAUGUCAUAGCGGCUUUGUCGGGAUGAGGUGCGAGCAUGCGGACCUGCUGGCUGUUGUGGCCACCAAACACCAUCAGCAGACCGUCGCCACCGUGCUGGUGUUGUGUGUGAUUGGCUGCGUGCUCAUCAUCGUGGUGUGCACACUUUUAAAUUGCUGGUGGAGGCAGGAAUGCCGAAACGGGGGACGCGCUCAUCAUUUCAUCACAGAAAAGUCUGUUCACACGCAGAAGCACAGAGCGCCGUGCUGUCCUUCUGAAAGCGUGGUGUGAGAAGACAGAAGUGCGGAUCCUCGUCCUGGUGCUUCCCUAUCAGCUGUCAGGUCUUAAGACUGCCCCCAAAGCGGUACGAGCGAAGGAGACUGAGGCAAGACUCGCGUGAAAUAAGGUAGGACGAUCCUUCGCAUGGCAUCCCGUUGACUUUGGACGGCAAGACGGGAAUCCCAACCUCCCCCAAUCCUCACGUGGAAAUAAACAUUCAACCGUUUGGAGUUAAGAAGACGAAUUACCAUUUCUUCACGAGAAGACUUCUAUGAGGAUACUGAUCAUCCUGUGCGGAUUUUGGGGGACCGUGCAAGUCCGUUAACUUACCCCACCUCCAAAUUCCCGUUGAAUGUCUUUUAUUAACUUUACGCACUUUUCAGAACUUGUCGCACGUAUGAUGCUGACGCUUUAAACUACAGUUUUACUGUCCUUUUUAUAUAUAUAUAGAUAUAUAUAUAUAUCUAUAUAUAUAUAGAUAUAUAUAUAUAAAGAAAACACAUUUCACUUGACAGAACUGGGAAUUGACCCGCAGAAUGGAUGAAGAUCCUUGGAUAUCGAUCAGACAUAUAAUAUAUUUCUUCUGAUAUGAUGAACUCCCAUGAUGGUAAAAUCGUGUUGGUUUUAUUUGCGGUCCGCGAGCCGAACUUAAACGUGUUCCUUCUUAGCAAGUUUUGCGUCGAAAAGCUAGAGAAGGUCAAAAAUAAGAAAUCUGAAACACACUACUCACACACACACGUUGGGUGCUCGUCAUCCCACGGGAAUUUUUAAUUAUGAUGGCACUUUUCUGCGAGAUUGCUCACGCUUCCUAAAAAUCCGCACUUUGAAAACACAAUUUUUUACUAUUUUGGGGCACUUGUUUGAAUUGAAUUCUCUACUUGAGUGGUGUGUUUUAGCCUCGUCUCUAUCGGGAAUUGGAAUACUUUUUAAAGAACGACGAAAUAAAAACUUAGCUCCAAAAACCUCAUCGUGAAUGUUUAAACUGACACUGAUAAUGGGGGGGGGGGGGGGGGUCAGUUUUGGUGUGGCAGCUUCCACCGGGAAUUGAAUGUCUUGGUAUAAAGAUGCCGAAAGAGAGCGAGGGGUCCGACCAUACGUUUGUUUCUGUUCGUUUGCCGAGUCUGCUUUCGUGUCUCAUCUUGCGCGCAGCUUUGAUGUGUGAAAACGUGUGUUGUGUUUACGGGCCACUCACACAUACAAUAUUGUAGCUUUACAUGCAUUUACAAUCUAAAAGAGGGUCGAACCGAUCCUUGACACGUGCUUUGUCACAUUUGUGGUGUCUCAUUUGGUUUGUUACCUGCAUUUUGUUUUUGAAAUGAAUUAAAUUUGCAAAGGUC